AUGCACAGCCAGAGCAUGUGGAGAGCAGGUCUCCUGGUGGUGACCCUGUGUGCCACCCUAACGUUGGCCCAGUUCCCCCGGGACUGUGUAACCCCCGCGGGGCUGCAGAGCGGCCAGUGCUGCCCAUCCCUUACUGGGGUGGCAGGGGACGAGUGUGGCUCCAGCACCGGGAGGGGACAGUGUGUGGCCAUUGCGGCAGACAACCGGCGCCACGGACCCCAGUACCCUUAUGCAGGGCGAGAUGACAGAGAAAGGUGGCCGCUGAGAUUUUUCAACCGCACUUGCCAGUGUAAUGGGAAUUUCAGUGGCUACAACUGUGGGCAAUGCCGACAUGGGCUAACUGGACCAAACUGUGAUCAGAGGAUCUCUGUCGUGAGGAGGAAUAUCAUGCAGAUGAGCACAUCUGAGAAGCAGGCAUUUGUGAAUGCUUUGGACCAAGCUAAGAGGACUGUCCACCCUAACCUGGUCAUCUGUACAAGACGGUACCAGGAGGUUUUUGGGCCCGAUGGAAACACUCCGCAGUUUGAGAACAUCACUAUUUACAACUACUUUGUUUGGAGCCACUACUACUCCGUUAGUAAAACCUUCCUGGGGCCAGGUCAGACCAGCUUUGGAGGUGUAGACUUCUCCCACGAGGGCCCAGGCUUUGUCACUUGGCACCGUUUUCAUCUGCUGCAACUGGAGAGAGACAUGCAAGACAUGCUGAGUGACCCCACCUUCGCCCUGCCAUACUGGAACUUUGCCAUCGGAGGCAGCGAGUGCGACAUCUGCACCGACGACUUGCUGGGAGCCAGGAGCACCUUUGACAUGAACUCCAUUAGCUCCAAUUCCGUAUUCUCCCAGUGGAGGGUCAUCUGUGAGAGUGUGGAUGACUACGACUCUUUGGGCACCAUCUGCAACAGCACAGAAACCACUCCCAUCAGGAGGAACCCAGCAGGCAACGUUGCGCGACCCAUGGUGCAGAGACUGCCGGAGCCCCGGGAUGUGUUGGACUGUCUGGAGCUCAACACCUUCGACACGCCUCCUUACUACUCCACCUCCUCCGAGAGCUUCAGGAACACCAUUGAAGGCUACAGCGCCCCACAGGGGAUGUACGACCCGGUGAUCCGCAGCCUCCACAACCUGGCCCACCUCUUCCUCAACGGGACAGGUGGACAGACUCACCUCUCGCCCAAUGAUCCCAUCUUUGUCCUGCUACACACCUUCACCGACGCAGUCUUUGACGAGUGGCUCCGCAGGCACCAACCAGGUGAAAUAGUGUAUCCUGAGGAGAAUGCUCCUAUUGGGCACAACCGCAAGUUCAACAUGGUUCCUUUUUGGCCCCCUGUCACCAAUGCUGAGAUGUUUGUCUCUGCCCCAGAAAACUUGGGGUACUCCUACGAGGUCCAGUGGCCAGCUCCUCCCUACACCCUAUCUGAGAUCAUCACCAUAGCUGUCGUUGUGGCGGUGCUGGUGGUGGCAGUGGUGGGUGGUGUCAUCGCCUGUGCUGUGCGUUCCCAUUCCUACCGCUCGGCCGAGGCCUUGGAGCCUUUGCUGGGAGAGACUUUCCGACGCUACUCAGAGGACGAACGGAGGUUGGACAAAUCACAGUCUGUUGUCUAAAUCCCUACCUUUCUCGAGAGGCCUUAACAUUUUCAUGUUUUUGUUUUGCUUUUGUUUUUUUUUUUAAAAUACCCCUACUUCUUCUAAUAAAGGUGAAUUGGUUUCAAACCCAGA